AAUUUGUGGGUUGUGAGUGUAUUCAUUGGUUUGUUUUGUUUCUCCAUUUGCUGUACUCUCUAACAGACUCACCUCUUUCAGUUUCCCUUUGAUUCAUCCCUUCAUUAAUAUCAUACAUUGUAACUCUCAUUUUUCUUUUGUAACCCAUUUUUUUAAAAUUCAAUUUUAAUUUCAAUCAUCAUAAUUUAAUUUAAUUCAAUUCUUGGCAUCAUGGAGGUGGUGGGUCAUUAGCCCCAAUUGCCCCAUUUGCAUUGUGCCAAGAGGUUUUGGAUUGGAGAUCCUUGCAAUUUUAUCUAUUUAUUUGAUCAUGGGGAUGUCUCAGGACAAUAUUCAUGGACUUAUUUUGGCUAUUUCUUCCAGUAUAUUUAUUGGUUCUAGCUUUAUUAUUAAAAAGAAAGGUCUCAAAAAGGCUGGGGCUACUGGAACCAGAGCAGGUAUGGGAGGCCAUUCAUACUUGCUUGAACCAUGGUGGUGGAUUGGGAUGAUAUCUAUGAUUGUUGGGGAAGCAGCCAAUUUUGCUGCAUAUGCAUUUGCACCUGCAAUUCUUGUCACACCAUUGGGAGCUUUAAGUAUUAUUUUCAGUGCAGUGCUUGCCCAUUUCAUUCUGCAGGAGAAGUUGCAUAUUUUUGGUGUGCUUGGAUGUGUUCUUUGUGUGGUGGGAUCUGUAACUAUUGUAUUGCAUGCUCCGCAGGAAAGAAUUAUUGAAUCUGUUACACAAGUAUGGGAGCUUGCAACUGAACCAGGUUUUCUCGUCUAUGCUGCCCUUGUUUCGAUUACAGUUAUUGUGCUCAUAUUCAGAUACGUGCCACGCUAUGGACAAACACAUAUGAUAGUUUAUGUUGGAAUCUGCUCUCUCAUGGGAUCUCUUACGGUCAUGAGUGUGAAAGCCGUGGGAAUUGCUUUGAAGCUGACUUUUUCUGGAACGAAUCAGUUUAAAUACUAUCAAACAUGGCUUUUUACUAUAAUAGUUGUGUUUUCUUGUCUUUUGCAGAUAAAUUACUUGAACAAGGCAUUGGACACCUUCAAUACAGCUGUUAUAUCUCCAGUUUACUAUGUUAUGUUUACAACUUUCACCAUUAUAGCCAGCAUGAUCAUGUUUAAGGAUUGGGACUCACAAGAAGCAUCGCAGAUAGCAACUGAAUUGUCCGGUUUCAUAACAAUCCUAUCCGGUACUUUUCUUCUUCAUAGAACCAAGGAUAUGGGGAAUAGUCCGAGUGCACGCGAAUCUCCUGUUUUUACAAGCUCGAAUUCCCCUUCGGUGCAAUCCGCUGCUUUUACUGAUACACGUUCCAAUAUAAGCUUGAAUUCUAGAUAGCAGCAUCUCUGACAAAAUUUGGAAGUAGUUUCCAGUUUUAUAUGCGAAAUUCCGGUUUUCUUAAAUCGGAAGGGUUAUCAUGUCAACAAGCAUUCAGAGGCGACAUUUUUGUUAGCUGAUAGGUUUCUGUCCGACAGUAGAAAGGCGUAAAGACGACGCUGAGAUGGAUUAGGCAUUUCGUAACAAGAAGACAUGGUGAUGUGUGAUGUUAAUUGUAGUGAUUAUCAUAUACUAUGUGACAGUUUCUCUGCGUUUUCUUUGUUUUUGUUCAUGUUUUAUUGUUUCUUUUCCUAACAACAGACAGAAUAGCAGCAUGUAAAUAUGUUUGAGGGAAUGAUGAUUAGUGCUUCUACAAGGCA